CUAAAAAGAAGAAGAAGAAGACUUUUUCAGCUGUCCGUUAGAGCUGUGGUGACAAAUGUGUCCAAAGCGAUGUGAAUACCAAGUUAAUGCUCUUAGUUGCGAUUAGGUAUGAACCGGAAACGGGCUUUGAUUUCAGACACUUUCAAGGUGAAGAAAAGAAGAAAUGAAACACAGAAGUUUGGUGCAGUCGAUGAUGGAGAUGGACCGACUGACGUCAGAUCCACCCUUGAGUAUCUCAUGACGCUGUUCCCCAGAAAGCUCUUCAACGACCGCUUGCCUCAGAUUGUCAUGAAGCACCAACUCUACAGCAUCCACAGUGACAAGACGUUGGUGGACAAGGAGCUGAAUAAAAUGAGGGAACGAGGAGAACUGCUGAUGUUCCAGCUCGGGUUUGAUGCGGAUGCUUUCGGGCUGGUUUUUGCUUCCGAUUACAAGACUAAAGUGCUGGCAGGGGAGGAAGGCAGGCCUACACGGGCGACAGUGGAGAGGUUCUUGGAGAAGUUGCUGUGUCCUUGCACAGAACUGAGCUUCAGCAAAGACAAGAUGUUCAAGGAGUUUCUCUUCACGGACUCUGAGAUAACGCAUCUGGUUAAGUCGGGGGUUCUGACUGUGAGGGAUGCAGGCAGCUGGUGGCUUUCCAUUCCCAACUCGGGAAAAUUCACCAAGUACUUUUUACAAGGUCGUAAAGCAGUGCUGGGAAUGGUGAAGAAGUCCAAAUAUCGUGAAGUGUUGAAGGCAGAGCUGGAGGCGCGGCGAACCACUUCACAUGUGAAAUUCCACAUGAAGUACCACGUCCAUGACAUUGUUGGUGCAGAGCUGGUAGAAAGAAUACCUACAACUUCAGGGGCAUUGUUGAGAUGCGUCGAGUCCUGAACCGCAGCAACACGAUUAUAAACCGGUGCUUGGUCGAAGCUGACGAUUGGAAGAUUAAGAUUGUAGAAAGUCUUUGUAUUAUGACUGAUGGUAAAUUAACCAAGUUUGAUUUUGUGCCAAAAGCAUUAUAAAAACCUUGUGGAUUUAUAAAUUGUCAAUUAUGUUGAUCAUGUCAGGUUUUCAUUUAUCUUGGAAUAAAUGUUUUCUUUGCCUCAAACACUUGAGCCUCUUGA